CGGUGAGCACUGCUUUCCUCUAACUGUCUGUUCUCUUUAACACGAGUUGGGAACUUUAUUGCUGAUAAAGUUUUCUAUAAAUUGUGUCUCGGAUAUUUACCAUUCAGAGUGAAAAGUAACUUGGUGUUCAGCUCUUCUAACAGUUAAAUGGGAUACUGUAAUCCUAAGACAGACAAGUGUGAUAUGCUUAAUUGUUUAUGAAAAAAAGACGAUAUUUUUGAAAUUUCCAUUUUACUUUCUAUAUCCCUAAUGUUAGGAGAAGCGCUUUGGCUCAUAAUUUUCCCUAUCAUCAGCAUCGGUCUCAAAAUCACCCGUUUUGAGGUGCCUUCUCUGGUAGUUCCGGGCGAUUCAGCUAUUCUCACCUGCUUCUACGACCUUGGAAAGGAGAAACUUUACUCGGUGAAGUGGUACAAGGACCACGUGGAGUUUUUCAGAUUCUUUCCGAGUCUAUCCCCACAGUACAUGGCUUUCCCAGCUCCAGGAUUAGACAUAGAUCUUUCCAAGUCCAGUCCAAACACAGUUUAUCUUCGGAAUUUAACAUUACAGAGUGAAGGACAGUAUACUUGUCAAAUAUCUGCAGAUGAACCUUACUUUGGUUGCGUUCAAGUACACAGAGAUGUCGUUGUUUACAUUCCACCAGAAUCCUCACCUCUCAUCUAUGGUGAAGUUACAGAAUAUGGGGACAAUAUAACUGUCCGCUGUUCUUCAGCUAAAUCCAAACCAGCUGCAAAUCUCAGCUGGUACGUGAACGAUGUUCUGAUGGAUUCCGCCUCAAUUCGUGACACCCAAGAAGUGAUCCGGCAUCCUGAUCAGUUGGAAUCAUCGUCAUCCUCAAUCAGUAUCCCCUUGACAUCGCAUCAUCUCCCUCCUGGGGAUCUCCGACUCACGUGCGCAGCGUCCAUAGCCAACGUGGUCACGUCUGUCAGCGAGGAGUUGCUCAUCAACAGACCCUUGCCAGAAAAAGUGUUGGAAUUGAAAAACAGAUCUGGACACUUCCGCUCCGACCUGGCGGUGACAAUGAUUGUGAUUGUGGGUGUCUUUUGUAUAUAAGGUGGCAUCAAUUUCUUCUUCUUUUUUUCAGUGUUUCGUGA